CUCACCAAUUAUCACCACCACCACGAACAGCAUCAAUGGCAGACUCAGCAAAGCAGCAACAGCAGCAGCCCGCCGCCGGAAGCAGCACAGCUGCCACAACGGCUCAGCAGCCUACGGCACAAGAUCUCCCUCAGCUUGGUCCGCUCGACGAAGAUGACGAGUUCGAGGAGUUCGAGGUGCAAGACUGGGACGACUCCGAGACGGUGGGAGCCAAGGCAGCUGCUGCUGCUUCAGGUACUAAUGCCAAUAGCACGUCAGGCGCUCCCUCGAUCACUAUGGCCGGCACGACGGGGCAAGGCGGAGGAGCUGGUGGGGGUGGGACGAACGCUGCCUCUGACCAUCUGUGGGAGGACAAUUGGGAUGACGAUGAUGCCGAGGAUGAGUGGAGCAAGAGCUUGAGGGAGCAUUUGGCUGCGUAGACGGGACGUGAGAGCGAGAUAGAAGGGAGGUGGAGACGGGGAGCAGAGGGCGAACGACAGGCAUGCUCGGGCAAGGGUUGAACCUGGUAUCAUUCAUCGCCAUCGCAGGCGGGGACCUAUCACCACCAACAAAUAUACAGACAUCAUCACGUUUGCCUUUCAAGCUACGCCACUGCACCUGCAGUCGCCGCUGGCUCUCCCCACAUCCCUUUCAAUACAGCCAUCAACCCAUCCCUGCCCUUAUGCGCAUUACUCCCGAACCU